UCUUCUUCGUCGUCUUUUCUCUCUUUGCUUUGCUUACGAGAUUCACCUUCAUUUUCUUUUACUACUGAGGGAGCAGAAAUCUGCAAAUAAGCUUCCUCAUGACGAUUCCGUAAAAUACAUACAUUCCUACAUAGCCUUUGAUCGCAGAGCUACAUUUCAUGGGUUUUGUUUCUACUUCCCAGGCUCUGUGACAAGCUUUCAUUUCAAAAAGAUGAUGUCCCCCAAUCAAGUUUCAGAAGAUCGAGGUUUCUCCAAUCAUGCAACUUUUAGACAGACUCCUUUACAGAUAAUACACAUUAUUGGCAAUUUCAUGAGAAUAUGGUCAGUCUACUCCAUGUACAAAUACCUGUCUGAAUCAGGAGUUUCAGUUGUGCUAUUUAUCUUCAGUUGCCUCGUUCCAUCAUCUAUAGUAUUUCUAGCAUUGCAAAGACCAUGGAAAGGAAGACCACUUUCUAAUACUCAGGUGGUGCCUUCUGUAAUCAACGGUGGCAUAACAGCUCUAUACUUCAUAUUAUGGGGAAAGGGUCUCAGAACAUGUGGCCCACUUAGGAUCAUUAUGGCAGAGUACUCGGGUGCUGUUCUUGGAGUACUAUCAGCUGCAUUAUAUGGAAGGGGUCAUAUCUGGAAAAAGGUGGGUGGCUUAAUUGCAAUGAUGGUUUCUUUGUACUUCAUAUUUCAAGGGUGGGCCACAGCCUCGAGUACACCAUUCUCUUUUAAAGACAACCUUGAUGGUGAAAUCCCAAAAGGGAAAGCUUUGGGAAUGACAGAAAUGAUUGUGCCCAUCUUUGCUGGAAUCUUAUCAGCGUUGAGGAGAGUUAUUGCUAGACGUGUUUCAUUGAAGAAUCAGUUCAAGAGACGUCUGCAUGCCAUAACUAUUACUGCUGCAACUUGUUUUCUGUUUCCCGUGGCUAUGUGGGACAUGAUAAUUGGUUCUGGAAGUGAUAUCUCAAAGUUCACUUUUUCUGCUUGGCCUUUUCUGAGCACCAUUGUAUUCGGAGUUGUCUUGAUAUUCUACAUUGACAAUCUAGCAGAGGAAAGGUUACACAUGGUUUUCUCUUCUCCAAGGCAUCUGAUGGUUGCUGGUGGAUGCAUAAUAGUGAUGGAGAUUACAUACAAAACCGAUUUUUCUCUUCCCGGUUUCUUCAUCUGCUCCACAAUUUUGGGCUUUGGUAUAUAUGAAGCAACUUCACUGGAAAGAGUUAAGAGAGGUGGUGGUUCUAUAGAAACCUCUGAUCCAACAAAUGCGUUUUUGGCUGACGACCAAAUUGGCAUGUCACCUCUUCCAACUUGAAGCAUCUUGUUAUCUGUUUGAAACAGGAUCAGUUCCUCCUCCUUGGUUCAACAUCAACGGCAUGAUAUUGACAGUGACUGAUAUCUUGGUUUGUCCAAUCUUAGUUCAAAUGGAAAUUGGGUGAUGUUAGAGAAGUUUGCAUUCAGUUCUUCUUGAUGAUUUGAGUUAUGAUAACUCUCCAGCUGGUUGAUUUAGUUAAUGCUGUGUAUGGGAAUAUGCAAAUAGAUGUUUCAUAACUUGGCAUUUUUUACAGCCCAAAGAUAGAAAGGAAUUUGUAUAGACCAAUGUGAUGUGACACUUGAGAAUAUAUGCUAGUUUAGUUUAUUUGUCAUGAA